AUGUCUCGUCUCGCAGCAAUUGGGUCAUUCAUUCUACUGGUUUCGCAAUGUACUGCGACUCUGGAACAACGCCAGAACAGUGUCUCCAUCGAUGGCCAGACUUGCCCGAAUGGCUGGCUGGAUACCAUUUACAACGGCAACCGAAAGUGCUGCCCUGGCGCGGUCUACAACACGGACGAUAACGUCAGAAACGAAGACAGCGCAUACUGCUGUGUCGGCGCCACUUUCAGCGUUGCCACCGCUUCAUUCUCGUCCUGCUUCCCUUUCUGCUCCGGGACCGAUGACGGUAAUGGCGUGACAGUCGCGCCGACUUCCAAGAUGCCUUGCUCGGCGACGGUCAUGCUCACGGAUGCCGACUACAGCAGCAAAGUCAGCUCGGCAUCGGCAAGCAUCAGUGGAUCAUCUGGAGCAAUGACAACUGGUGGUUCGGGUGGCAGCUCUGGCUCGAGCAGUGGAUCUGCCGCAGCUCAGACGGGAUCUUCUUCCAGCAGCUCUGCCGGUGCGGCAAUGGUGACUAGUGGCCCACUGGCGGGUGCAUUGAUGAUUGCAGGAGGAUUGCUGUUUGUCUAG